AAAAAUAGAUAAUGAUCGUUUCCCAGUGUGAGUCGUUGUUAGUCUGCGACGUGAAAGAGAGCCGAUAAAGUCAAGAAGGAAAAAGAGAGGGAUAUAUAUAUAUAUAUAUAUAUAGAGAGAGAGAGAGAGGGAGAAACAGACAGAAAAAAAAGAUAAUGGUUGAGAACCAUCGGCUCCGGUCCGCGCAGGCCGUAUUCGGGACGCAGCUGCGACGCGCAGCCGGCGCGCGGGGGUCACGUGACGAAUAGCGAAGCUCUGAGCUCUCGCAGCAGGGUGAUAGGAUAUACGUAUAUAUAGAUAUGUGUGUAUAAAGCAAGCCGGUAGUGGGGGCGAGAGUAGCGAGCGGGUAACGCUAUUGGUUAACGCUACAAUUCCCCCACUCCUUGGAUAUUCGAACAAAGGGACGAGGCUACGUCGUCGCCGACACGAAGAUCGGUACCAUUAGAAAGUCGUUGAUGGUCGUUGGGUGCGGUUGUUUCGUGAGUCGGAGAAGAGAGCGUGUCGUCGGUUGCUCGAUUAUUGGUCGGUCGUCGUCGUCGUCGUGUAAUCGUAAUCGGAUGAAAAUAGUUCGCGCGAGGAUCGACUCGAUAACGCCGCAUAAAUACAUAUUCAAUAACGAAGACAAUUGGAAAAGAAUAGUCAUGAUUCGAAUAAACGAAGACGAAGACGAAGACGAAGACAGAGACGACAAUGAGAUAAGAUCGAUGAUGAUCCGUGACGGAAGUUCGAAGCACGAUGUCGAUUCAUCGACUUCCGAUUCAUUUGAAAGUCUCUCCGUGAAGGAUUGCAUUUAUCGAGGGGAAGGAAAUGCUAACAUCGUUGUCUCUCUACCACAUAUCUAUCGUGUUUCAGGAGCAGAAGGUAAUCCGAUUCCGGAAAUCGUUACCACGGGAGACUUUGCCGGACAACAACGACGACGACGACGAUGAGGACGACGAAGACGACGACGACGACGACGACGACGAUGAGAAAAUACGCGUAAAACGAGAAGUGGAAUUCGUGAGGCACGUUGUUUCCGGUUACUUGGGUUCUUACAUAGAGAUCCCAGAGAUCGUUCGUUACGAUACAAAGGACGUGAGCAAACUUCUCGAAAUUAUUCGCCAAUUUCGUCCAGAAAAAAGGAAGUGCAAGAAGAAAGUCAAGAGAUAUGCCAUGAAAAUGCAAGAUUAUGUUUUUCUUCCAUCGAAGUUCGCUAAACUCGAUCCAGAUUGGUUUAAAAGUAAAUCGACGUUUGCCGUAGAAAUAAAACCUAAGCAAGGAUAUCAACGUAAAGAGGAACAACGAUUGCAAAAGUGUCCGUAUUGUCUUGCACAAUAUUACAAGUUGAAGAAGAAAGUGAUCGAUGAUCGAAGCAGUUAUUGUCCGUUUGAUCUUUUCUCUGGUGAUGAGAAACGUAUGAAAGGAGCUAUCGAAUGCUUGUUAAGAUCACCUCAAAACAAUUUGAAGAUCUUCAAGGAUGGAACGAUCGUCUACGAUCAUGAAUUUUCUACGAAUGAUCUUGAAACUGUAUUAAACGAUUGUUAUCAAACUGUUGAUAUUUGUACAAAAGAGACCACUGUCAACUUGUUCAGCAAUUUGAUUUGUGCUAUACUUUUGCAUUCUUAUCCUCAAAGUAAACGUUCAGAGUUAAUGCAAGCUAUGUUUGAACGUAAUCGCUUUUAUCAUAUUUCUGAACGUGACUCUCAAGUUAUUCGUGACACCAACGAGAAACUCAUUUCGAAAACAAAAAAACUUUUUUAUCUUGUACAGGAAAAAUGUAAACGCGAAUGUAAUAAUCUACCUAAGAAUUGUGUAUUGGAACGAAUACUUUCCAUGCAGAGAUUACCAUAUGUCGGUACAGAAUAUAUCUAUGAUAUCUACGAUAAAUAUUCGACAGUGAUAAACGAUGAGAUCAUAUACUCUCAUUUAAUAAAUUCUUCUUGGAAUUAUACGAAAGAACACGAAGAUUCUAAUGGAAAUCAUGCUGAUAAUUGGUCGAAUACAGAUUCUAAAAUUGGAGAGAAUAUUGAGUUAAUUAAAAAUACAAAUCGAUGGAAAGAAAAGUUUUCUUGCUACAACGAAGAGUGCAUAGAUAAAAGUAAUAAUAAAAUUGUCGAAUAUAAUAGUGAUAGAACGUCUAGUAACAUAAUUAAUAAGGAUUUAAUAGCGUUACAAAAUUAUCUUUUGUUUUGUACUGCAAGAGAUUGUUCAAUAUUAAUAACUUUUCGACAAUUAAAACCCGAAGCACUGUUGUCCGUUCCACAAGAAUAUGUGAUUAAAAUAUCCGAAGAUCUUUGUUUUCUUACCAGUAUUAAUGUUUCCGACUUGGAUCCAAAGAGUAUGCACAGUAUUGAAAGGCAUCGUCAAAGAGACAUAAAUAUUCUUGAUGCGGUGAUAUCUGUACUAAAAGAAGAACUAUCUCUAAAUGAUCAUCAAUGAAUAUCCAAGAUAGAUAUUUAAGUAUGUUGAAUUUUAUUUUUAUUUAUUGAUUAUCUUAAUUAUUUUAAUUAUAUCUCUUAUACAAUCAUAUUAUUAACCUCAAAUUGACGAUUCUUUUUCUCAUAAUUUUAUUUACAUUACAAUAUGAAUAUUUUAUUAUAUGGAAUAAUCUGCUCAAAAAAAAAAUAGAUUAUUAUUCCAUUAAUUAAUUAAUAAUAAUAAUUGCAAAGUAUUAUUAAUACCAUAACAAGUAGAUUAAAUAAUUAUUUAAGGUAAUAUAAAUAUUACAAAGUACAGAUAAAUAUGUAUAAAAUUCAAAAGAAUAUAAUGUCUGAAUCUUCUCUAAAUUUCUCGCUUUAAACGAAAAGUACAAAAAUUAUUUCCUAUCAUAUUCGCAGUUCGAUUACGGAUUCUAUAAGAAGCGUAAAUUCGAAAAGAAAAACUAAAAUUUAUUGCUAAUCCAAAUCUUAAUUACAAAGGUAACUAGUAUCGUUGUGUCGGUAUAUCGAUUACGUAUGUGGUGGCGCUGUGAUCGUUUCAUUAUUACGUCAUUCAUUCCGCGGGAGAAUUUAAUAUGAAUAAAACGUAUUAUAGAAAUAUUUAAGCUAAAGCAUUAUUAAAUGAGUGAUAUUUCGUAUUUUUUUUCGUAUAUAAAAAUUUCUUUUUUCUUAUAAGAAUGAAUGAAAAAUAAUUAUAAAUAUAAUAUCAUUUAAAGUGU